UUUUCUUUCUAUUGUAUAACACAUCAAGUUCAUCUGUUACAGCCAAAGCCUCUCAUGUUCAGUUAGGGCUCAGACGAUCAUGCUGGCAGAGGGUUUGUUCCAAGACACAAGGAUGAAAGGCUACAUUUUCGUUGUUGUGACCUUGAUAUUUUUAUUAUCAUUCUCACGAAAUACGGUCGGAACAUUGAUAGUGGACAUUGGUGACGACAAGAGCAUUGAAGAGGCAAACAAGGAUUUUUUACAUGAUGAUAUCCUGAAGGCACCACCAACAACGCAGAGGAGUGCCAUUACUGAUGGGGACAAACUGUGGACAUCUCCAGUCCCAUACGUUUUGGACAAAGACCUUGAGAUGAAUGCUAAAGGACUCACCCUGAAAGCCUUUGACCAGUUCAGGUUGAAGUCAUGUAUUGACUUCAAACCAAGGGACUCUGAGGAGUAUUACAUCCACGUCCAGAAGUUAGAUGGAUGUUAUUCAUAUAUUGGGAAAGUAAUACCCAACGGACAGGACCUCUCCAUCGGGUCUAACUGUGAUUCCAUCUCAACGGUUGAACAUGAGUUCCUCCAUGCUUUGGGCUUCGACCAUGAACAGUCCAGAUCUGACAGAGAUGAUUAUGUGACCAUUGUUAACAAGAACAUCAGAGAAGGCCGUGAGGAGAAUUUUGACAAACAAAGCAAUGAAACCACCACCACCCAGGGAGUCCCGUACGACUACUGGUCAGUGAUGCACUACGGCAAAGAUGCUUUCAGCAAUGGCAACGGGUCAACUAUUAUAACCAAAGACCCAAAGUUCCAGGAUGUGAUUGGUCAAAGUCUGGAAGUGAGUCCCAAAGACGCUCUGGAGCUGAACCUCCUCUACAAAUGCAAGUCAACCAUUGCAUUUCAGAUGACAUGCAGCUUCCCUGAUGAGACCAUGUGUCAAAUGACUAGCUGUUCACAGAGUGGGCUUGGCUGGGAAAUGGUAACAAAUGUUACAGGGGGUCCUAUGUCUGACCACACCAAUCUACCCAGUGGCAGUGGUGAACAAGGUGAAGAUGCAGGUUACUUCAUGCAUGUUAGCACGGCAUCAGGUGAGGAGGGAGACUCGGCCUGGCUGGAGACCCACAGGAUGAGUCUCAAUAGGGAGCAUCAUGUCCAGUGUCUCCAGUUCUACUAUUACCACAGUGGGAACAUGUCAGACCACCUCAACAUCUGGAUCAGAGAGUUUCAGGAUGAAUGGGACCUCGAGGGAACCCUACGCCUCAUGGGACAGAUCACUGGCGGGCCAACAAAACAAUGGAAGCUCCAUCAUGUGUCCCUGAAUGCCACCAAGCACUUCCAGGUGGAGUUUGAGGUUCGUAAAGGAGCAGGAAGCUCUACAGGCGGCUUCUCAAUCGAUGACAUCAAUCUGUCAGAGAUCGAAUGUCCACAUGUAACCCUGCAGCUUGAUGACUUUGAGCAGGCUUUGAACUCUAGUAGUUUUGGCACCCGUAUUUACAGCCCUCGGCAAUACUCCAGCGGGGGAUAUGCUUACAGAGUUGGGGUUGUGUUGGAUAUUUCAUUUUUCGGAUUGUUUGUGCAACUCGUGUCUGGUGAAAAUGAUGACCGGCUGGAGUGGCCUUGCCUACAAAGGCAGGUGACCUUCAAAAUGCUGGACCAGAACGCCAACAUACAGCUGCAGAUGUCCAAGCAAUUUAGUAUCACCAGUGACCUAAACACAUCCUCUGAUGGCAGCUAUGAGUGGGGUAAUCCUCGUCUGGUUGGAUCUUCCUACGUAGAUGACAAUGGUGAAACCAUCUUUGCCGGACCUAUGUUUCGCAGACCCUAUUUUGCCGAUAAAAAUGAUUUGGAGACCAGAGAGUUCCUCAAGGGGGGAAGUGUCAUCUUCGUCUACAGCUUCCAAGAUAUCACCCCGCUAGUCAAUGGAAGUGCCCUGCCAAGUCCUGAAGUGGGACCAGUGGAGAUCAAAUAUCCUCCCAAAGAUCUGAACAGAGGCCCUUGCUCAUCAAACACCACCACCCAGCCUCCCAGAACCACAAGUGACAGCACCACCCCCCGUGAUCCCCCCAGAACAACAGAUGACAGAACCACAACCAGUGAUCCCAUGAUGACAACAGAUUACAGCACCACCUCCGAUAACUCUCCUGGAGUCACGGAUGAAAGCACCACCACUCUUAACCCUCCUGGAGUCACUGAUGAGAGCAGCACCACCACUCUUAACCCUCCAAAAACCACGGAUGAGAGCAGCACCACCACCAAUGAUCCCCCGAAGACCACAGAUUUCAGCACAACCACACCUGACCCUCCACAAACCACGGAUUCCAGCUCCACCACGCGUGAUCCUCCAAGAACCACGGAUGACGGCACCACCACCUUUGAGCCACCAAGAACCACGGAUGACAGCAUUUUUGGCUUCUCUCCUGGUUUGGUGUGUUCUCCUGUCCUCACCCUCCUGCUAGCGGCAACGCUUUUGAUACCUUGAAGCACAUCACACCUCAGCUCAUGACGGGACCAGUAAAUGUGCCAUCGUUUUGGCUCUUGUUAUAAACACUAAUAAAAAAAUGGGUGAUGAAAAAGGUUAAAGAACUAUUGGGAGAUGCUCUAUGUACUGUAUGUGUAGUGUUUGUUGGUGUUAGUCAUAUCAUGAUUUAUUUGCAUAUGUAAGAAUCAAUGAAAUUGAGAUGCCUGCACUGAUGUGUUGUUUAGUCCUUGUUGUAUUGAUCACUAAGUGGUAGAUGUUUUUUUUUUUUCUUCAAUUGUCAAAUUUCUAAUGCAAAUUACCAUUGAAUUAACAUUUAUGACAUACAAUUAAAGCAAUAAAAGAGACAGCUCUGUUAUUGACUGAAUUUGAUUGUAAUUUUACAGAUGUUUUCCUAUAUCUUUUUACAGUCAAUAACCUUUAAUAAAACUACAGCACUACAACUUUAA